AUGCUUCGCACCGCUGGCCAUUACUGCCGCGUUGAGGUGGACGAAGCCACGCAAUAUGGCUUGCGUGGCGUUUCCAAGUAUGACUUCCUCCAAUUCGACUCAGUAGCCCGUGAAAAGGCAUUCAAAGUAGAAACUACUUGCUCCGCAUACCGGAAAGCUGGGAUUGUUCCCACUGACCCCGAAGUAAUUCUCAAGCAACUCAUUGCCCACGCUGACGCAACGGGCGACCUGGCAACGUCCUCUGGCAUCCCACAACCUCCGUCACGUCCAGGAGGCUCUACAGGCUCUGUGCCCACGCCGCGCGUUUAUGCAAAACUGCUAGAAUACUGCGGACGAUUAGAGGAGGAUGAUAAGAAACUGAAGUCGCGUUGCGAACAUGAGCGGCCACGGAUUCGAACCACCACAGAACCUAGGGAGAAUCCGUUGACGACAACAGCCUCUGCCAUGACCCAGGAAGAGGACACGGGCCCCAGUGCCUUUCGCAAUACUGAGAUAGCCGAUAGUGUUCCUUUAUCUGAAGACAAAAGGAUGGAAAUGGUUCCUCACAAAUAA